GGGGAAAUUCCCCAUUUCUUGAGUAUUGCAAUAAGAAAACUACAAAAUUUGUAUUAUAAUAUUUAAUAGAAUCAAGUACAAGUAAAAAGAAAAAGAUUAAUACAUAUGUUUUUUAAUAGAGAAACAAUGCCUUUUCUUAUUCAUUAGACCCCAACCACCAAUGAAAAUAGAAAAUACAAAUCAUCGGUAUUUCACAAGAGAGUGGGAAAAAAAUAGAAAGAAACAAAACUAACAUGCAUUCUUAUAUUUCAAAAGAAUGAUGCAUAUCAAGAACCUCUCAAUAUUAUUGUCGUCACAAUCACAAUCACUGUCAUUAUCGUGAUCGUGAUCGUUAUCAUUAUCAUUUUUAUUAUCACUAUCAUUAUCAAUCGCGUUCGAUCGUCAUGGUUAGCGCCCUUAUCAAUAUCGAAAUCAAUUUACAAUAUAUAAAUUUCUAAUUUUGUUCAGCUUUAUAAACGACCUAUAGACAAUGACAGUUAAAAAAUGAAGAAAACAAAAAGGCAGUGUUGGAAAACAGCUAACUGACUGUGUUGAUUCGAGUUAAGCCCAUUGAAAACUACUUUUAAAAAUAAAACAAGUUUUAAGUACAACAAAUAUACUUGGAAAAAAACAGUGUUGAAAAACAGUGUUGCAUAAUAGUGUUUAAUAAGUUCUAUUAACAAACUGUAAGCACUGACAGCUUUAAAAAAAUCAAAGAAAAACAGUGUUGAAAAACAGUUUUGGAGCAGUGUUGAUUAAUUGAAAAUGCGCACAACUUUAAAAAGCUACUCAAAGUUUUUACGGCUGUGCAGCAAAUACAACCACGUCAAUCACAAGGACGUGACCUAAGAGCAACAACAGCAAUUGCAACAGACAACAGUGUUGGAAAACGUAAUCAAAAAUGUCAUCCGAUACGAAUUCGUGCGCUAGCUUCUUUGCCCAGGAACAUGCGAAUGCAACAUUGACGCAAUAUUUCCAGCAACUCAACUCGCAGGUGGCAGCAGCAGCAGCUGUUGCCAAUAGCAACAGCAACACCAACAGCAACAACAACAACAGCAGCAGCAACAACAGCGGCAGCAACAGCAACAACAACAGCGGCAGAAAUAGUUGCAGUGGCAACAGCAGCGGCAACAGCGACAGCGGCAACGAUGGCAGCAUGACGGGCUCCACAUCAGCAACAUUGGACAAUCAUCGCAGCAGCGUAAGCAGCAAUGAUUCGGGCAAGAGCAGCAAUCAAGAAGGAGGAGCAGCAGGAGGAGCAGGAUCAUCCUCUUCAGCAGCAGCAACAAAUGCCUGGAGCUUGCAACAGCAACAGACACAGUUGCAUCAUCAUCAUCAUCAGCAGCAACAGCAGCAUCAGCAUCAUCAGCAACAGCAACAUGUGCAGCAGCAACAGCAACAGCACUUGCAACAUCAGCAGCAGCAUUUGCAACAAUUGCAACAGCAGCAACACUCGCAUCACGCUCAGCAACAUGCACAGCAGCAACAUCAUCCACAUGCCCACAAUCCACAUAUGCAUCCACAUCAUCCACACCAACAGCAACAACAGCUGUUGCAUCCACCACCGCCACAACAACAACAGCAGCAACAUCAUGCUGCUCAGUUUAAUCAUGCUGCUGCCGCCGCUGCUGCCAACACCAAUACACACUCCAUCUUUGGCACCGGCAAUUUUCACUACAAGACCAACAAUUCCUGGACAUUGCCAACAUUAAAUUAUCAACGUCUUUAUCAGGAUAAUCCCGGUUAUCAUCAGCGCAACAAUUUUAUGGAUAGUCAAGCAGCAAGUGCUGCUGCGGCAGCGGCAGCGGCAACUGUUGCCAGUGCGGGUGCCAGCGCCAGUGCCAAUGCAGCGGCAGCAACUGCUGCUGCUGCUGCUGUGGCUGCUGCAGCAACGGCAACAGCAACAACAACUACGAGCGCCAACAGCAGCAGCAGCAGCAGCAACAACAAUACAGUUGCUGUGCCAAGUGCCACCAAAAGCUCCACCAACAGCAACAACAGCAGCAGCAGCAGCAACAACAGCAGCAACAGCAAUGUAUCCUCCGUGCAACAUGUGGCAAAUGCUGUGGCCGCUGCCGUCAUUGCGAUUGAGCAUCACAGUCAUUUGAACAACCUCAAAGCGAAUUUUCAGCCAUCUAGCUCAGGCAGGAAAUCUCCAUUUUUGGGUUUUAUUUGCAAAGCAAACGGCAAAUCCACAUCGAAUAGCAAAGAAAUCAUCUGUCCAGAUGAUAAAUACAAAGAGGAGGGUGACAUUUGGAAUGUUGAGGCGCAAACGGCAUUUCUCGGUCCCAAUUUGUGGGAUAAAACCUUGCCCUACGAUGCUGACCUCAAGGUAACACAAUACGCGGACUUGGAUGAGUUCUUGUCGGAAAAUAACAUACCUGAUGGAUUGCCUGGGACACAUUUGGGACACUCGAGUGGUUUGGGCCAUCGCUCCGAUUCAUUGAGCCACGCAGCGGGUCUGUCGCUGGGUUUGGGGCAUAUAACCACAAAAAGGGAGCGAUCUCCAUCGCCAUCGGAUUGCAUUAGUCCCGAUACGUUAAAUCCGCCAUCGCCGGCCGAAUCAACAUUUUCAUUCGCAUCGUCGGGGCGUGACUUUGAUCCGCGCACCAGAGCAUUCUCCGAUGAAGAGCUCAAACCGCAGCCGAUGAUUAAAAAGUCACGCAAACAAUUUGUUCCAGAUGAGCUCAAGGAUGACAAGUACUGGGCCCGACGACGAAAGAACAACAUUGCCGCCAAAAGGUCACGGGAUGCGCGCCGACAAAAGGAGAAUCAAAUUGCGAUGCGAGCACGCUACUUGGAAAAGGAAAACGCAACACUACAUCAGGAAGUUGAGCAGCUUAAGCAGGAGAACAUGGACUUGCGUGCACGUCUAUCGAAAUUCCAGGAUGUGUAAUGAAAAAUGUGACGAAACCACAACAGCAACUACAUUAUAAUAUUAAAAA